AUGCCUGAUCCAAACGGCACUGCUGUUGUUAUGAAAUUUACUGAUAUUCUAGAGUUAGAACAAUAUUUGUAUAUCCUUUCAAUUAAAUUACAUACCAAUUCAUUUGAAAUUGCACCUGUGCAAUUAAAUAAAUGUAAUGCUUCAGAGCAAAAAGUAAGUGUGUGAAAGAUCAUGAAUACCAUAAAAAGAGGCUUUUAGUAGAAUCCGAAGGUGAUAAAAAAGCUAGACUUAAAAAAGGUAGUGAGUAUAAAAAAAGAAACUAUUCAGAGGAAACUGAUGAGAGGAAAAUUAGACUUCAAAAAGAAAGUGAGUCUGCAAAACGGAAACGCUCAGGAGAACCUGACAGUGAGAGACAAAUCAGACUUGAAAAAGUAAGUGAGUCUAUAAACCGAAAGCGGUCUAAAGAAACUGACAGUGAGAGACAAAUAAGACUUGAAAAAGAUAGACUUUAUAAAAAAACAAAAGCGGGCAAGAAAAGUGUCACAACCUCAACGUGA